GAAACCAUCCGGAUUCAUUUAAAUCCCAUCAUGCCGUGUUGAAAAUGUCUAUAAUGAAUCACAAUAUUCAGAGAUGACUGAUUUAUCUAAUUGUGCUAGUUAUGGCUCUAAAGCACAUUUAUAAACGAGAAUUACUGGGAGGACGUUUAAAUAAAUAAGUGAAGUGGCAGAUAUGAGGACAUAUCUAAGUGCUAAAAUUAUCCAAAGAAGGCAUUCAUACAAACGGAAGUCUUUAAACCUCGAUGUUUAUCAUGACAGAUCUACAACCGGAAGAAAAAAAUUUUGUUUCGUUAAGUUUUGCAGCUGUUGACGAGAUUCCAAAAGUCUUGCGCUUUCUUUUGAAAAACCAGAUACAAGAGACAGAUAUAUACAGGAAAAUUAAUGCUUCUCAAGAACUGAAAAUAGGAAAAAAUCAGUUAAACCAGAAACAAAAAGAGCUUUGUUUCAAACCUGCCCCAUUUGUUCCUAACUAUGAUUACUUUGAUACCACUUUGCUAUAUAAGUUGAUAAGAAAUUUGUGUCCUGCAUUAAAACCAACAGGAAGAUGGGGUGUCGAACCGGAUGACACUUGCAAAAAUAUCGGGGACGACAUCGAGCGUCUUAGAAUAUUUCGAAAUGAUAUGUUUGCACACUUGAGAUCUGCAAAAGUGUUAGAUUCCGAUUUCAAUCAGGAAUGGAGGAAACUGGAAAGCAUUUUUGAAAACAUUAAAAAAAAUUGACAGGGGGAGUAUCUGUUGCAACGUUCAAGGAGGAUCUUGAGAACAUCAAAACACGAGUCUUUAACGCAGAGGACAUCAGUGUGAUCAAAACAAAACUGGAAAAUGAACUAGUCAAAGUAAACAUCUAUGGCGGUGGAAUCAGAAUGUGUGGUAGCACUGCAAUAUUUAGAGCAGAGAUUGAGUUUGGUAGUCUGGAUCCAGAUUCCACUUGUUGGUCAUUGGAAUGGCAACACCGGAGUGGAAUCAGAACAAAUCACCUAGACAUAAAAACCGACAAGUUUAGUGGAUCUUCGCAUCACCGACUGGUCAUACCAAAUGUCUCGCGAGACGAUAAAGGAACAUACAUAGCUGUUAUUUCUUAUGAGCUUAGUAGUGAUUUUAAGUUCCAUUCUCACAGUAAUCCCAUAAAAUUGAAAGCCACUGGAGAUGUGCCAAAUUUAGAGAUAAAAGAUGUUACUUCUGGAACAGACGGCGUAGUCAUCCAUGCCAAUUAUAGUGUAAGCAAUCAAUCACCUGCAGUUGACAAAAUAAUGUGGUCCAAAGAAGAAAAACCCUUGCCGGGAAGUACAGAAAAAUACACCUACAGCAGAUACGACGCCGGCUUCAGAAUCCACAACCCAACACAAAGUGACAGUGGUACAUACACAUGUACUGUGUCUAAUCCUGUGGGACCUGUCACAGAUUCAAUAACCCUGGAUAUUCCGUGUGUGGAUAUCAUUGAAGAACAUGUUGCAGUCAUUGGACAAUCAGUAACCAUUGCGGCUGACAUUAAGUCUUGUCCACCUGUAGAAUAUGCGAUUUGGGAAAAAAUGAAUUCCAUUACAGAUGAAUUUCACGAAAUAGACAUUAUGGAAUCGGAUAAAUACUCUGGGAGCAAUAUAGACCAUCGUCACCCGCAAUUAGUUAUAAAAAAUGUAACAUUUGAAGAUAGAUUGCUUUACCGUUUGACUGUACGUAAUGCACUUGGAGAAAUCAACAGUAAAAAUGUUGUCCUGACACUUGUAGGAGACCCCCCUUCGCUAACUAUACACCAGAAAACCAACAUCGCUGAGGAAAACGUUCAAUUGGUUUGUAAAGUGUCCUUGUCCAAGAACUCCCCGAGCGUAACUGCUAUAGUUUGGACCAAGGACACCAAGGAUAUAGACAUCUCCAGAAGUGAUGGGAAAUAUUCAGGCGGGAAUCGAGAUGAACCUUCAUUGACUAUCAACUCUAUCCACGCACAAGAUGCCGGAGAAUAUCAGUGUAGCGCCGUCAAUGCUGCUGGGAAAAUGUGUAGUGAAAUAAUUCAAUUAGAUCGACCAUUUAUUGAGUGGACCGAACCCGAUUACAAUAGCGGUACAGAGACGUUCACCUGGAAACCGGUAAUAAAGUCUAUUCCUGAUGCUCUCACUGUGCAAUGGAAAGUUAGAAAUAGCUUCAUUGAUGAUUUUCAGCCAAUAGAUGUACACGAUAAAACUUACAUGGGAUCCUUGACUGCAUCUCCUCGUCCAGUGUUGGUUGUCCACGGAUAUAAGGAUAACGAUAUUCAAUCAUUUGGGAUUGAAGUUUCCAACUUUAUUGGAACGACUUUUAUAGAUGAAGGUUUUGACGACGAAGGGGAAGAUCAAGGAGAUUCCAGACUCCCGGCAUAUUUCGCUCACAAGGGAUCUACAGUACAAUUUCACAGAUUGAAAACAACAAUUAUCAGUGAGGUCAACAAAAAUAAUCUACCCUCGCUUAUUGAGUCAUUAAGAGAUGUUGCUGAUUUGCAUGAUUCCCAUCAAAAUGUGACCACCAUGGAUGAUGUCUUUCACAUUCUCCUUCAGAAAAAAAUCGCUCACAAAGAUAACGUAAUCAUGAUACAGUUUCUUAUGAGAAAAAUUGGACGUGAAGAUCUGGAUAACAUGUGUGUCGACUAUGCGAGAAAUAGGAAACGGGCACUUUGUUUUUAUGAAGAAAGUACACCAGCAAAUGGAUACACUCAUGUGCAGGUAUAUAUUGAUGGUAAUGUGAAAAGCUUCAGCAAGAAGGACAUCAGACGCCUUAUAUCCACAGUGGCCGCCAUGACCGGAUGUCAUGAAAAGUUUAUCAAAGUGAAUGGUCUGGGUCCUCAUCAAAGCUUUAUUAUUAUUCUUUUAAUGAAGACAGAAAUAGCGAUGAAGCUUGCAGAGGAAAACAUGUACAGCAGUCUCAAGCAACUUUCGAAAUUGAAAGUAUACAAGAUCACGAUAGGUGGGAAGGAAAUUACAAUAUCCUCUAAAGGUUAG